ACUGUGACAGAAAAUACAGAGCCACAGUUGAAAGUAGAAAGCUAAUUUUAUUGUGACAGAGCUGGAAGCAUAUUUGUAUAAAUAUAUUAAUUUCUAAUGUAUGCAUUUAGUGCAUUUCUGAUUGAGUUUGGAUUGUUAAUUUGAAAAAAAAAUUCUAGCAACGAAAAAUGGCACCAGUAGAUGUUGAUUCACCCCCAAUUGAGGUUCAAUUGCGGAACUUGACCCUAUCUGGUCAUGUGGGAUUCGACAGCUUGCCAGACCAGUUGGUCUCAAAAAGCGUUCAAAAUGGGUUCACUUUCAAUAUAAUGUGUAUCGGUGAAACUGGUUUGGGGAAGUCUACAUUGAUGGAUUCUCUUUUCAAUACGAACUUCGAGUCAUCACCUAGUCCUCAUUCUUUACCCUCAGUUAAACUCAAAGCACACACCUAUGAGCUACAGGAAAGCAAUGUUCGUUUGAAGCUUACAAUCGUAGACACUGUGGGUUACGGUGACCAAAUCAACAAAGAAGACAGCUUCAAAGCUAUCGUAGACUACAUUGAUGCCCAGUUUGAGAACUACCUCCAAGAAGAAUUGAAAAUCAAAAGGUCCCUCUCCACUUACCAUGAUUCAAGGAUUCAUGUCUGUCUGUAUUUCAUAUGCCCCACAGGACAUGGCCUGAAAUCCAUUGAUCUUGUUUGUAUGAAGCAGCUUGAUCAAAAGGUUAAUGUUAUCCCAAUAAUUGCGAAAGCUGACACUAUAUCCAAGACAGAACUGCAGAAAUUCAAAUCGAGAAUAAUUGCUGAGUUGCAGAAUAACGGAGUCUCAAUUUACGAAUUUCCAGUCGAUGACGAGUCUGUUUCAGAUGCUAAUUCGACUAUGAACUCCCAUAUUCCGUUUGCUGUGAUAGGAAGCACAGAUUUUAUAAAAGUUGGAAACAAAAUGGUCAGGGCAAGGCAGUAUCCUUGGGGUACUGUACAGGUCGAGAAUGAGAGCCAUUGCGACUUUGUAAAACUUCGAGAAAUGCUUAUUCGCACUAACAUGGAAGAUAUGCGUGAAAAAACUCAUUGUAAACAUUACGAAUUAUACAGGAAGAGAAGACUAGAGCAAAUGGGUUUCAGUGAUGUAGAUGAAGACAACAAGCCUGUGAGUUUCCAACAAACAUUUGAAGCUAAAAGGUCCAAUCAUCUGCAAGAAUUGCAACAGAAAGAGGAUGAAAUGAGGCAAAUGUUUGUUGUCAGAGUGAAAGAGAAGGAAUCGGAAUUGAAAGAAGCUGAGAAGGAGCUUCACGCCAAGUUCGACAAACUGAAAAAAGAUCACACCGAAGAAAAGAAAAAAAUUGAAGACUCCCGCAAAAAAUUGGAGGACGAAAUUGUUGAGUUCAAUAGAAGAAAGUCCCAAUAUCAACAAAUGGGACAGAGCCACCAUACUCUCACCUUGGGCAAAAGAAACUGACUGAAAAAUGUUGUGAUUGCGGCUCCCGUUUAGGUAGACAGCCAAGUCAUAAUUGAAUAUUUAAAAAUGGAUGAGUUUCACGGAACCCAGCAUUUGAGAAUUUAAUUUAUGUGGAUUGGAGAAAAUGUUGACAUAAAUGUAGAAAAUUAACAAAAUGGAAGACCUGGUUCAUUUUUCAUCAAAACAUUUUUAAGGGAUCGUUUUUAUGUUAACUUUCGAUUAUAUUAUGUUAACCCUGAAGAUGCACUGAAAAUUUGAAACCUCAACAAAUAUAAUAGUUCUCAUUUGAUACAUAAUUCCAAAACUACUGAUGGAACAUUUGAAAAUUUCAUGUGAGGAAUGUCAUCUUAGAAACCUCAAAUAAAUUUAUCUUGGAAACCUCAAAUGAAAUUUUAAGAUUUUGAUCACACUGCAUACUUCUGCUAUACUCUCUUGAAUGAAAAAUAAUUUGUUUUUUAUUUAUUUUUAAUUUUCGAAAAUUGUAAGUUCUCAGUUGGCUAACUCUUAGGCUAAGUUUUUUCAAACGAAUACUUUACUUGAUAACUAAUUUUUAUGUUUCUAGGGUUGCAUAAUAAAUUUUUGUGAAGAAGGGAUUUAAGGUGGAAUGAACUGGAAAGUUUAUUCAAUGGUCACAUCAUUAAAUGGUACAAUUAGGUUUAGAGUUAUCACAACCCUGUAAUUUAAUUUGACAUCUGCAUACCAAAGUUAGUAUUCUAUUUAUAUUAUUUAUUCAUUAGUAAUAAAGAUGUUAUUGAAGACGAUU